UGUUGUCCGGAAUAACAAUAUUAUUCCAGUGUUUUUUAAUCAUUAAUCAAAUUAGAGCUAUACACAUGUGCAAAUAACUAUUUAAUACGCCCGUCAGAUAUAAGAAUUUUAAGUCAAAGCAAGUUUCCAAAUAUGCAAAAUGAAAAUCUAAUCUAUAUAACGUGUGUGAGGUAUGCCAAGAGAAUUUAUAUAUAACUCUCACGACAUUUAUUGGCAUAUACGGCAUAUACAAAACUUUACACAUGUCACGUGACAUCUGACCACCUACCCCCCCCCCUCGUGAUAAUUGGUGACAAAUUUCAGACCCCCUCCCCCCCUCUAAUCGAUCACGUGAUUUAUGGACGCUCCCUUAUCUUUUCCUAGAGUGCUGGAGUCAGUGGAAUGAUGAUAUACUUAACAGACAAACUUUUUCUGACAAAGUAACAAUAAGUGAAAUCAAGUUGAUUAGUUUUGAGCAAAAAUACCGGUGUUCGGUGUUCGUGCAUAUGUAAUUGAAAUAUAAAUAUGUAAAUAUGCACAUAUAAAGUAUUUAUGUACUUAAAUUAAUCCUUGGAAAUUUAUAAGUCUGUAUAGUUUGUGGAGAUGCAUAUUACAGAUAUAUGUAUCGGCAUACUAAUUAUUACACAUGUAUUUAUGUGAGUGAUUAAAUGUUUCUCACCAUAAGUACAUAUUAAAUAGAUCUGUUUUACAUAAUUGUAUUUAAUUAUGGUUGCAGGGUGCAACUUUAUAGCUGUGCUUUAUGUAAAAAAAUAUACAUUUUUAACUUUCGCCCGGAUUACCUUCAGAACUGAUAUUGUAUAACUUUCAAUUGUCUGCCAGCAUUGUGUAUUAAUCAUUCUAUACGCUGAAAAUAUAUGUUUUUAAUCUAAUUCAGUCAAAUAAAAUAAUGUCCGUCUCAAUCAAAAACGGGUUCAAAAGAUUCGGAAAUGGGAAUUUGGUUCUUCGCAAUAUAAACGUCAGUGUAUGCAGUGGAGAAAUGUGCUAGUGGUUGCGGCAAGACGACAUUGCUCUCAUGCAUCGUGGGAUUACGCAAACUUGAGUCUGGUCAAGUUAACGUGGGCAAUCAACCCAGACCCGGCAAUCUUGGCAGUUUUUGCGGAUAUAUGCCCCAAGAGACUUCACUUUUAAGUGUGCUGACGAUCCGAGAGGUUUUAAAGUAUUUUGGACUCCUUUAUGGCAUGGACAUGCAAGAAAUAGAGCACAGGACACAUUUCCUGUCAGAUAUGCUUGACCUGAAUCAACUGGACGUAGUAGUUAAUAAGUUGAGCGGUGGCCAGAAAAGGAGGGUGUCCUUGGCCGCGGCAAUGAUUCAUAAUCCAGCCCUACUAGUGCUUGACGAACCAUGCGUUGGAUUGGAUCCAUUGUUGCGACAGAGGAUUUGGGAGUUCCUCACCGAAAUUUCUCGAAAACAAGGGAAAACCGUGAUAAUUUCAACCCAUUAUAUCGAAGAGACGAAAUUUUGUGACAAAAUAGGUUUUUUACGAGGUGGUCGUCUUUUAGUGGAGGACAGUCCGACAUCGUUGCUGGCCAGGUUUCAAUCCACCAAAUUACCCGACGUCUUUACCCAGCUUUGCAGAAAUGACGAAAAUAUGUCUCAUCAUUACGAAAAGAAGUUUGAAUUGGUCAAUAAUCAGCGAUUUUCUGAGAAUUUAGCACCCAUGGAGCAUCUCCCGGACAAGAUGUCUUCUUUGAAUAUUAGACGAAACAAUGCGUCCAUUUUCCACGCUUUAUUUUCAAAGUGGUGGCAUCGAACUAGACGGGAUUGGAGAUUAUAUAUUGGACAACUUGGGAUUCCUAUUCUGUGCGUUUUCUUCAUGCAAAAUAUAAUAGGCCGAGAACCGAACAGAAUCCCGGUCAGUCUCGUUUACAAUAACGCAGAACUCUGUGAGAAUCUCAAGCAUUUGAAUUCUUCAAACGAAUGCUUUUCCAACAUCGGAGUUUGCAAUUUACUUGAUAAAUUCGAUGAUGAAUUCAUUUGGAUUCCCACAAAUUCAUAUGAAGAUGGCGUUGAACAAAUAAAAGUAGGACGGACUAGACUGCUCAUUGAGUUUCCCGCCAAUUACGAAACUCAUUUCCAGCAUAGAAUUAUCUAUCGUCAUUUUGCUAGUAAUGAAUCCCUUCAAGGAUCAACGAUCUCGGUCCGCAUAAUGGAAUCAGGCUUGAUUUUGUCAAUGUGGGCAAGGAAAUUGAUCCUUGAAAGGUAUAUAAUUUACCUCCAAAAUAUUAUGUUGGCCUGCUCGAUCAGCGACGACGUUAUCAAGCCACCACUUCAGUUCCGCUCAAUCUACGGGAGUUCAGAAACAUUAGACUUGCUUCCGUAUAUGCAGCUUGGCCUCCUAAUUUUGUUAAUGUUUAUAAUGCCAAAGUGCCUCGGAAUACUCUGGAUGGAAGAUAAAGUAGCCGGCCUAGAGGACAGAGAUUAUGUGACGGGCGUCUCUCUCUGGCAUCGACUCAUUGUCAACACCGUCACUCAAAGUUUCAUGAUUUUUAUGCAAAUUGCAAUUUUCUUUGGAUUAUUCUGUGGCGUGUACGGCAUGGAGAUCAAAGGGCCAUUGUUGCACGCGGUGGGUUUAGUCUACACGAUUGCCCUAUGCUCAGUGACGAUUGGUUUUUUGACUAGUACCGUUUGCGAGGGAACACUGGAAGCUAUAUUUAUCACUAUUGUAGUAUCAACUAGCCAACUGUUUUCGUCAGGAAUUUUGUAUUCGACGGAAUUGGCUCCUCCGCUUGUCCGUACAGUCUUCCAUUGGAUGCCGCUAACUGAUGCAAUUGAAGCGUUGCGGUCAAUUUGUACGAGAGGGUGGGAUAUUAGUCAUCCGGUCGUUUGGAUAGGAUUUCUACCAGCGAUUGGGGGGAUAUUAAUUUCUGUAGCGUUUUCCUUUCUGGCGGGACGAAUGAGGUAUAAGUAAAAUUUGGAUGUACAUAGUGACAAUUGUACGCCUACAUACAUACGUGCAUACAGUACAGUAGAUACUUUUAAACAUUUUAAUAUAAACCUAAAAUUUAAUUAAGUAUGUUAAACAACAUUUUUUGUCCGAAAUAAAAUUUA